AUGAUCGUCGGUCAUUACCACGAUAAGAUGCGGCAUCAAAACCUGGAUGCGACCAUAUGCGAGAUCCGGAAGAGGUUCUGGAUAACCAACUUGCGGAGGUUACUACGGAGGGUGGUAACCAAUUGCCACAUCUGCAAACUGCGAAGAGCACGACCCAGACAGCCAAGGAUGGGUCCCUUGCCAGAGGACCGGCUCGAGGCCAAUGGAUGGCCAUUUAAGUAUACCGGCCUGGACUAUUUGGGGCCGCUGAUGGUGACGAUUGGACGUCGAACGGAGAAGAGGUGGGUCGCACUGUUCACCUGCCUAACUACAAGGGCCAUCCACUUGGAAAUGGCACAUGAUUUGUCGACAGAUUCGUGCAUCAUCGCGAUGAGGAACUUCAUGUGCCGCCGUGCACCUGUGGUCAGGAUGAGAAGCGACAACGGAAAGAACUUCGUCGGUGCUGACAGAGAGGCCAGGAAAUUCAACGAAGUCUUCGAACCGGAGAAGAUCCAGGGCGAACUGUCGUCCAGAGGAGUCGAAUGGAUCUUCAACUGUCCGGAAAACCUAGCUGAGGGAGGCGUCUGGGAGAGAAUGGUGCAGUGUGUGAAGAAGGUGCUGGCGCAUACUGUGAAGGAGGUGGCGCCUAAGGAGCAUGUGCUGGCAAGCUUCCUGAUUGAGGCGGAAAACAUCGUCAACUCGCGUCCGCUCACACACUUGCCAGUCACGGUUGAUCAGGAAGCCCCAUUGACACCGAACGACCUGCUGAAAGCAGCAGCCGGCGUACCGGACCUUCCAGGAGACGAGGGUCAGUCGCCUAAGAAGUUCGCCACAAGGAAACAGUGGCGGAUUGCCCGGAUGAUGAGAGAUCGGUUCUGGAAACGCUGGGUACAUGAGUACCUACCAAAGCUUGUACGCAGGGAGAAGUGGUGCGAGCACGUCGAGCCAAUGCGUCGUGGAGAUCUCGUGUACGUAUGCGAUCCUGCCAUACCAAGGAGAGAAUGGAGGCGAGGCAUCGUUGAGGAGGUGUAUGCUGGAGUGGACGGAGUACCACGACGAGCGGCCGUGCGCGUGGCCAGCGACGAUCGAUCCAAGCUUAUGAUGCGUCCCGUCUCCAAGUUAUCUGUACUGGAUGUGGUGAAUGCAGCUGCUUCACGGGGGUCGGGAUGUCGCGGAACGGAUUAG